UAUUUGUAUUUAAGACAUCGGAAUCGUACAGUUUUCAAAUCAAUAAGCCGGAGGGAACGUUUAGCUUAAUAUCAAAGGCAAAAUGAAGGUUACAGUAAUUUUAGUUUUGUGUGUUUCAAUGGUUAUCUCCAAAAGAGACAGAAGUGCAGUGAUUUGUUCCAACGGAAUCAAGUAUGAUUUGACCGCUGGACACGCCGGGUUCGAAUGCGCUUCCUCUCUAAUGGACAGCCUGGAACUCAUUUGUGGCGGAUCUGCUAAAAUUCCCAGAUUUAAAGGACUUGCAUCCAUUUUUCGGGACGAACCUAAGGCAAUGAAGGAAUUUAAAAAGGAUUUAUUCUGUUCCUGCUGUUUAAGACAAUGUUCGGUGGAUGAAAUAAGGUCUUUUUGUGUGCGUAUAUAAUGAUUUCUGCGAAGCAAUCAUAACAUCAUUGCAAAACGCUGCAAAACGCUGGAAAAUUACAUACUCUCAAAUGCACAGCACAAAUGUAAAGUAUUGUUAUUCUACAAAAAUAAAACUAAACUCAAAGAA